UUUCAACCGGUUUUACUGAGGUAACCUUCUCUCUAUAGAUCUUGGGUCCCGCCAUCUAAAAUCUAUCGCGCUGUUUAUCAAUCAUCAGAUUCGUGGAAAGUCGUGGCAGAAGAAUGCCAUCUUGCUCUUCUCCUGCGGGUGGCAACUAGAUGAUAUUAAUGCUCCGAUACAUUCCGGUUUCAUCCGCUUAUAUCUACGGAUUGUGCUUUGUUGUGCGUCCGUUCCAUUUUGCAACCAACUCCAGUCAGACUAAUACAUUUCUAAUAAAGCAAAAUUAUUAAAAUAACUCUUUCCACGUUUGAACUUAGUAAGAAAUUUUAUUCAAACGAGAGAAAAACGAAUAUUUAUCUCAACACUAGAAGAACGAUGAUAUAAUAUUACUCCAAAUACUUCGGGGCUUUUCUACAAAUUUGCGAAUAAUUUGCACUCCGUUUCUAGUCUGUAGUUUUGUUUCGGUUAAAUAUAAUUAUCACAAGUUGCGACUGCGAUGCGUUGAUUGGACAUGGGUCUCAACGAACUGGUGUAUUGGUAUCAAAAAAAAAUUGGCACAUAUGAUAAGCAACAAUGGGAGAGAACUAUAGAGCAACAUAUUCUCGAUGGACUCACACAUAUUCCAAUGAGAACUGCAAAACUUAAAACAGAACUGAUCGAUGUCGAUCUCGUACGUGGAUCUUCAUUUCCGAAAGCCAAACCGAAGCAUGGUUUGUCAACGGUAGCUUGCCUAGCGUUUCAGCGACUCUUGUUCCUUCCAUUGUACAAAAAGUGGUGGAUACAGCAAACGAGUUAUCGCAUUUUUGUGCUUUUCUUGUUAUUGUACAGCUUACAAGCAGUCAACGUCUUUCUGUAUUACGUUUACACAAACAGGGAAAAUGAAACAGAAAUUGUAUCAAUGUCAGAAGUAUUAGUACCUCUUGUUAUGAUGUUUAUUUUGUGCAUUGUUCAUUCCCAUAUUGUGUCGACGCAUUCAGGUCCUACUAUGACGUGUAAUCAAUCUAAGCAACGAAUAACAAGACGCUCUCGACAUGUUAGAUGCAGAAAUGGAAAGUCAAGAUCUAGGCAAAAUUUACGUAUACAUAAGGAUACAAAGUCUUCUCAAGACAUGGCUUCCGAGAAAGCAAGUACAGGAAGUGAAGAAGUGCUGACUGCAGUGAGAUUUGCCAAAAAAGUGGUGAUUGAGAAUUCUUUGACUGUUAGUCAGUCUCAGGAAUCUGCAAGUGCUCAAAUAGUGUAUGAUAAAGAGUCAUUAAGUACAACUGGAGAAAGUUCUAAUCCCACAAACGCAAGCGCAACUAAUCGUGAACAGCCGGGUGAUAUGCCAGAAGAACAUGUAGCAAAUAUACAUCAGGAUGAUGAUGGCUUUGAGAGUUUAAAUGGUAAUGUUUCUAGUGAUAAUGACAAAGUAAUAGGUCGUGCACUAGUGCAAAGAAAUAGAUCACAAGAGGGAGUGACACGACAAACUAAAGACCGCACCUCGUGGUCGGAAGAUAGCACUAGUCAACAAAUUUCACUCCCAUCAAAACGCUCAGCACCCGACCUAUUAAAAAGUGAUGACAGUUUUACGGAUAGUAAAAGCACUCACAACAGUAUUAAGGAUAAAAACGCGCCGUCAAAACUAUUGGGAUCGAGAGAAGCACGGCAGCAAUGCGAGAGCGAAGAGGAAGGGGAGUGCGAGGAAGCCACGACGCACCAUCUCACAGAGGCAACAACUUCUGCUACAGAGUGGAUGGGAGUAACGACCAACAGCGAUGAAUGUAGUUACAGCUCAGAACUCGGAGAAUCCGACUUGCCUAGUGAGACCAAUUAUGGAGAAUUCGUGGAGCACCCUUUCUCCUGGGAAUUCGAAUUACCACCUUCGAUAUUGCUUAAUUCCACUUGCACAUCGUCUGAUCGCGUUUCAUGUACAAUUUGGACGCGGCGUGAUAUUAAGAAGGCUGAAUUGUCGGUACUGGACAUUAGUUCGGCUAUCAUUGCCAGAGUUGAAUCUAUGCAAGAAAGCAUGAAUUACUUUUACGGCGGUCUGAUACUUAGCAUUACACUGUGUCUUAUACCAUCGAUGAGGCGACUGAACGAUCAUAUGGGGUUGGAUAAUGUUGGCAAUGUAUCCGUUAGUUUAUUACCAAGCGAUAUGAUCCAAGUGAACUUGGAAACAUACACCGAUAUUUUGUGUAGAAUAAUUGGUAUAGCGUUUGGAAGCACUCUUUGGGAACGAACAGUGGUGCUCAUCUCGACAUUUGAACGCUUAAUGCUGUCGUGCUUUUUAUUUUUCUUACUGGCGGUCGCAGAGCGCACGUACAAGCAGAGGCUCUUGUAUGCUAAAUUAUUCUCUCAUUUAACAUCGUCCAGACGUGCGCGUAAGUCCGAUUUGCCGCACUUCCGUCUAAACAAAGUCCGCAAUAUAAAAACUUGGCUGAGCGUCAGAUCUUAUUUGAAAAGAAGAGGCCCGCAACGAUCCGUCGACGUAAUUGUAUCAGCGGUAUUUAUCGUUACGAUACUAUUGCUAUCAUUCGUAAGUUUGGAAUUAAUUAAAGAUCUGGAAAGUUUGCAUUCUCGAUACAACGUCGAAGCACUAUUCUGGAGCUUCUCGCUUGGAAUAUUUAUAUUACGAUUUAUGACAUUAGGGACAAAGAUCAACAAGAAGUACAGGAAUCUCUCAGUUUUGAUAACUGAACAGAUCAAUCUAUAUCUGCAAAUCGAACAAAAACCGCAUAAAAAGGAAGAGCUUAUGGUCGCGAAUAGUGUAUUGAAGUUAGCGGCUGACUUAAUAAAGGAAUUAGAAAGCCCGUUCAAAAUCUCUGGACUAUCGGCUAAUCCGUAUCUGUACACUAUUACUAAGGUAGUAUUGCUGUCAGCACUUUCAGGUGUGCUUUCAGAGCUGCUCGGUUUCAAGCUGAAACUGCAUAAAAUAAAAAUCAAAUAAAGCAUCGCGUAUCGGGAGUCGCACAUUGUCCGUCAAUGUCAGAUUAUUCGCACUUGAGCUUGAUUUUUCCUCGGUAAAAACUGCUUGGCUUAAUUAAUUAAUGUUGUCACUUAAGAUGCUGUAGCUUAUUAAAUUUCGAGAAAUUGUAUAUAAAUAACAACUUUUUCUCAGCUAAUUAAAUUUAUGACUGUUUAAUAAAAUAUAAAAAUAGUAUUAAAGUAGUAUUAGCGAAAUUUUAGCGAAAUUUUCACCGAAGAAAGAAUUCAUUUCAAGUUUAGUGAAUAAUCUGAGAAAGAAAAGCGCGCGCGACUUUGGUUCUUCAUUACACAACUACCUCGUUUGUGUUGGAAGAUUGUUGAAAUUACGUAUUAAUGAAAUAACGAAUAUAUUUCGUUACUGUAUUGAUUUCAUGGCUGACUAAUCUAGCAGUAGAAAAAUUAUAAUAGAUUGAAUCACGAAUGAGGAGCAAGACAAUACAUUUAUUGUAUGCCUCUCUUAAUGCAUCGAUUAGCUCAAUUUUCUUUUCCAAUUAUCGCACACAUACUAUCACUUUAACACCAUAAUAAGUAGCCUUUUAUAAUAUUUAACAUGAAAA